AGCAGGAUGAGUUUGCAGUAGAGGGACAAGUCAACUAAAGUUGCAGAGAAGGCAAGAAGAACCUCAUCGUAGGCCGCACAAUCCUCAAACUUUCUCGGCCCUCCCCCCUCAAAUAUGUUCUGCUGUGACUGCAGGAGCGACAAGGACCGAGAGCCUGCAAGCCAGCAGCAGCUCGGAACCAACACUCUCUCCUUCACCAAGAAGAACCUCUGCGGCAUUGGCGUCAACUUCCGAGCAGACAGCACCGGUGCACUCCUCGUCAGCUCCUUGAUCCCAGGAGGUCCUGCGGCCGUCACUGGGGGCAUACAAGCAGGGGACGUUCUGUACCAGGUCGACAAUACAGUCGUCUAUCGCUGUCCUCUCAGCCAUGUCUCCUCCUGCCUCCUUGGCGAGGAAGAAACGAUCGUGAAUGUGACUUUCCUGCGAGACGACAUGAAGGUCACUAAGAGCAUCGUCCGCGCCCCUGUCGCGAAUCUCAUGAUGAUCCAGAAGGCAAACGAGGGUGACAGAUGAAACCAAGAUAAGCGCGACGCGAUCAUCGCGAGGACUGUUGUGUGGGGAACAUGGGAAAUCAAUAAUG